ACCGAUCCCGAGAGCACAGGGACCACCGGGUGAUUCCUCUGGAGGAGGCUUUCCAGGAGUAUCAGAUCCAGGUUGGGGAUUGCCUGAAGGCUCAGAAGGAGGAGAAAGAAAAAAUGCUUACAUACAGAAGAGAAACAGAACAAAAAGUGUGGGAGAUGCUUGACCUGAUCAAAAGAGAGAGAGAAAACACAGUGGCUGAGUUCAGAGAACUACAACGCUGGUUGGAAGAACAGGAGAAGCUUCUGCUGGCCAGAAUGGAAGAGACGGAGAAGGAGAUUGUGGCAAGAAGGGACGAGUGUCUGGCCAAACAAGUGGAGGAACUCUCCUCUCUUGACAGUCUCAUUGAGGAAAUGGAGGAGAAGCAUCAGCAGCCAUCUAGCAAACUCUUACAGGACAUUGGAAGGAUCUUGAAGAAGUAUCAGGUAAAAAAACCAUCAGAGAAUCCAGUGGCUUUUCCUCUAGAGCUGAAGUGGAGAAUCUGGGAUUACAGUGAUAUCAGUGUGUUUCUGAAAGGCAUCACGAAACAAUUCAGAGAUACUCUGAAAGGUGGACUUCAACUGCAGAAAGCAAAUGUAAUUCUGGAUCCAGAAACAGCCCAUCCUGGCCUCGCCUUCUCCAAGGAUCAUAAAGAUGUCAGAGCAGUUGUUAAAGAUCAAUGCCUUCCCCAAAACCCAAAGAGAUUUGAAAUUUGGCGAUUCAUCCUUGGAUGUCAGGGGUUUUCAACAGGGAGACAUUGUUGGGAAAUCACUGUAGGAAGAUACACCAAACUGCCCCUGACUACAGAUCUGAAGAGGAUCCGCGUCUCUCUCAACUGUGAAGGGGGACAGGUGACCUUUUCGGAUGCCGAGACCGCAGCCCUGCUCUACACGUUCUCGGAAGCUGCCUUGGCUGGAGAGACCCUUCUGCCCUCCUUCUUUCUGAACAACUAUGCCUGCCUGACACUCGCUCCCUAAAAGUGGAGACGCACAUGGACAAACGUUCAGAAAAAUCCCUGUUUACCAGAUUUACUGGAGGCGAUGGGAAACUUCUGAAGCGAAGGCACAAGUUAUGGAAGACACAGAAAAUGAAAAGGACACAUUAUUCCUCUUCUUAUCAAUGAGAAGAGGAGAAAUAUGAAGAGUUGGUCUGCAUAUCUUGACUUCUGCACUGCCAUACCUCCCGAUUCCGUUUCCCAAUUCCUCAAAAACAGUAUAAAAAGAAGCAGUAAUUACCUUCAUGUCUACGGCUCUCUCAGUGCUGAGAACGAGGAGCAACAGUGUUGGUCAAUCUGUUCCCCUCCUGAACUGUUCUGGGUCCAGGAGUAGGAAAAAUCCGCUCUGCUCAGCCUCUGGGACUCUUCCUGCUGGAUGUUCCCCACCCAAAGAUGUGUUUAGGAAGGCUGUUCUUGGACAAUUGCCUUGCCUGUUUCACAGACUGGUACCUAGCAUGAAGGUGGCCAGUUGAUCUGUAUUAACCAACCACUCUAACCCUUUGUAAAGCCAGCAAAACCCUGACUGGAUUUCUUUAACCCCGAUUUGUUGAAUAAAUCAUAACUGCCUAGGUUCAUGCAUCACGCUAAUUGAUAAACAUGGCUUAGAGACCCAGUAGCUGGAGCCAGAGAAUGUACCCAGCCAUCACCAACCAGGUCAGAUGACAGCUUCGCCCAAGGUGUGAUCCCACCCACAGACAUCUCAGUCAAGCUGUUCUUUGGCCUUCCUGUAUUUUAAUUGGCCUUUUUGUAAUUUAAUGGUAAAGCAAAAACAGUCAAAUUGGCCCUGCAUUUUUUCUUUAAUGCCCUUGCUUGAGACAGGAUAAACCUCACUGGUUUAGUGGAAAAUUGGCUACUGUUGAAGGAGAAGAACAAUGGCAAUCCUGGUUUGGCUCUGCCUGUCAGAGUCUGCACACUCAUUCCCAAAACUCAGUAAAUCUUCUGGAGACUAGGUAGUUCCAUUAAAGAUUUCUUUAUUAGGAGAAAUGCACAGUGUCCAUAGUUUCUUGAGUCUAAUUCUACAAAGCAAAACCUUCCCUUUUUAAGCCCAAAUCCCUCCCCCCUUCUCCUUUCUUUUCCCACUUGACAUUCCUGGCGCCUUUCUCCGAGUCUCACGGUUGCUUGACCUUGUUUGCGCCUCUGUAGAGAUAACAGCUGCACCUGGCUUG